UCAGGAUAUUGCCUUCCUUAGUACUCUACCGCCCUAUUACUGACAUGGAAAGUAUGGCGUUUACCGAUGACGAGGAAUUCGCUUUUUCGAAUUCUGAUUACGAGGUUGAAAUGGAGGAGCCAGUUCUUCUACUCCCAAGAGAGGAUCAUGAAGAGGAUCAUUUUAUGUAUUGAGCAGUAAUUAGGGAUCAUAGAACAUAUUAUAGAUCAUGAAUUAAGAACUAAUUCUUGAUCAUGAGGGGACUAAUGAUCGAUAAACAAUAUCCAACCAGAGUGCUAAUGACAUUUAACAAUCAGUUUGCGUAAGAUCGUAUUUUCAGCUUCCUGAUUUAUUUAAUGAUCGUUAUUUGAAACUGGAAUCCACAACAAGUACAAUUUGGUUGUCAACAUUGUGAUACAAAAUUAUAUUAUUUAUAUUAAAUUAGUUUAGCGACAGAUUUUUUUUUAAAGGUCUCUCAAGGCGUGUCUUCUGAAAUAAGUUGUUUUCUGUAAUUUAAAGAAAAUGUAAACAAAAUUUCACGUUUCAAGCUAAUUUCUAAAGGGAUAAAAUUCAUAUAUUUCUUUUGCAGAUAGAUAGAUACAGUAUAUUCAAUAUUUAUAUUUCAGAUAGAUAACUUUAUAAACCAAUGGAACAGUUCAGUCCGCAGCCCCCCUAGAAUUUGUAGCUGGAGCUUAAUCAGUGCUUUUGUCGGUGGAACCGGUUUAAGAGUACAGUGUGCUGCAGUACAAUACAAUACAAACCAUCAUGAAGAAAUCUUUAGAAAAAUUCAAGGUUCGAAUAGACCAAAAUUUGAAUCGAAGUGAAAAAUCAAUUGCUCUCCCACCUGAUUUGCUUAAAAUAG